AUGUUGUGGAAUCGGACUCGCAAGCAAAUUUUGCUGUUGUGGAUUCUGUGUAGCAUUGGAUUAUGUGCAAGAGAAGACAAGUCGGAGAUAGAAGAUGCCACCACUGAAACAACAAAAACCAAUUGCUCCUGGCUCUCCGACCCUUUUAACGUUACCGAUGAGAAAACUGGACAAGUGACAUUCACUUACAACGGAUCGUGCUGCUCAAAUCUUGCUGCGGAAAUGUUGAAAAACAGUUUUUACUCAACAGAAAUGGAAAGGAUGGAAGACCAAUUGAAUACAUCUAACUUUCGUACGGAGUAUCAAAUCAGGAACAAUAUCACCGCUUUGAAAAUAAAUGCACUGGUAAAAAUGUUGUACUGCAAUUCGGACGCCUGCCCUGGAAUGGAUUCGGUUUGGGAUAACUGCUCAGAAACUACUAGCUCCUCCUCCACCACUGAAACAAUGAAAACUCCAGUUACUACCACAAGAAAAUUGGAUUGUUAUUGGCUUGAUGAACCUUUCAUUAGUUAUUACCCAGUGGGACCAGACAGCAUGGUAAAUGUAAUUUAUACUGGUGGUUGUUGUACUGAAACGGCAAAAUCAGCAUUGGAAAAUGGUCCUCCGGAUCAUUUACACUUGGAAUCUUACCAGGAAGACUAUAAAGCAGAAGCACUGUUUGAUUACUUGUUCUGCAUCCAAGACGCUUGUCCUUACAUGACCCCAAUAUGGACCAAUUGCUCAGAUUUGACAACCACAACUGAAGCUCAGACGACACCGACGACAACCGAAUCUACGACUGUCACAUCUGAAGUCACGACUACAAAGAAAAGACAAGGAGGAUUCCUACCGGAAGACACUACAAGGACAUCUACAUCGACAACCAGUGAAGCGGAAACCUCGACGGAGAAGAAGGCAACACGGAAGACUAAUAAUGGAGAGCCAUCGGAUGACAAUGAAGUGACAACAAGACUAACUACCGUGGAAUCAACUACAAUAACUCUUGCGGAUCUUUUGAGCGGUGUUACAAGCAAGGCUGACCGGACCUCAACCAUAUCUAGCACCUCAUCAAUUCAAACAACUACUACUGCUGGAUCCUCGUCAACAACUACAAGUGAAACACCAAAGAAUGAAGAGCCUAUUGAGAAUGAAAUGACAGAAGAACAUGAGGAGUCAACAACAAUAAAGACAUCUCCAAAGGAAUUCCAGGAACCCGAGAAGGCUUCGACUGCAACAACGAGUGUGACGCAAAGCAAAACCCUAAACAAUUUCAAAAUCACAGUUGAGUAUUCAGAUUCCACUGGGACAUCAACCGUUGUCCAGCAAGAAGAAACGUCUACCACUGUGAGCAAGAAGAGUACUUCUUCCAACGAGCCUGAGACAACAACGGAUAAAGAAACCCCUGCAACCACUACUGAUGCUGAUACCGAGGUAACUGUCUCAACCACUUCUGAUGACUCUGAAACUUCUAAAGACCCUGAAGAAACUAGUGAAAAUACAACGCCCUCCGAACCAUCCAAAUCAUCCUGGACUACUGAAAGCUUCACAACUCCUCUGAUCAAUCUGAUCAGCAGUUUGACUGGCUCCACUGUGUCUUCUUCGUCUCCAAAAACAACUGAAAUGCCAAUGGAUUCUGAUGAAACUGGAAGCUCCACUACUCAGACUUCGCCAAAAAUGACUGAUGUUUCAACCACUCCCGAAAGUGGAAGCCAAUCAACAGAUACUGCUGCAUUGACCACAUCUGGAACUCAUGAAACAGGAGCAACUUCAAGCUCCACUGUGUCCUCUUCGUCUUCAAAAACAACUGAAGUGCCGAUGGAAUCUGAAGGAACGGAAAGUUCUGCGUCCUCAGGAAUGACAGCUGGUUCUUCAACUACCGAAAGUGAAAACCAAUCUGGAACUCAUGUUUCAAGCACAACGACAAGCCAACGAACUAGCACCACGGUGUCCACUUCAUCCUCUAAAAUGUCAACGGAUUCUGAUGAAACUGAACGCCCCACGUCCUCAGGAAUGACAUCUGGUACAACAAGCUCAGAUCCAAAAGACCGAUCAACAAAUCCAACCUCUCAAACCAGCUCAACUCCUUCAUCUGAAAUACCGACCACUGCUGAAUCUGGCAAGACCGACGUAACUGGAUCAGCUGUUGAAGUGACUGCAACAACCGGCUCCACAACACCUUCUUCCACUCAUUCUGAGUCUGAAACUGCAAGUGGUUCUACUGGAACGACGUCGACAGAAACCGUCACUGGAUCAACCAAAUCGACAGCUCAUGGCUCAACGGAGACGCCAACAACCACAACGGCUGGAAGUGAAGCAGGCGGUUCUGGAGAACCGAAGACUUCUGCAACUGGAACACCGUCAACUGCUACUCGUGGAGCCACAGUAACCGGAAAAUUGGCACCGUCUCCUUCAACCAGUAGUACACAAGGAACGGGCACUGUCACAACUGGAGAAACUGGUAAAUCUGGAUCAACGAGCACGACUCACCCGAAACCGACCAUCAGCGGACAUAUCAUUGACUACACAGGGACUGUGGAAACCACUCCAACAGCGAAAACGUCUGAAUCGAGUUCUGGAGCAACUGGAAAAGGAGAUUCCAGCUCCAUGGACUCCUCCACAAAAUCCUCAAGUAGCUCAACAACGACUAAACCGACACAAGGAACUGGAUCAACAUCAAAACCAGGAAUUACUGAUUCCUCCAAAACUUCCUCAACUUCAAGGAAACCGGAAACAGGAACAAGUUCUAGUGGAUCGUCAACUACUACCAAAUCAUCUGGAUCUAACUCGACUAGUGGAACUAAUGGAACAACCAAAUCUUCAAGCUCGAUGAAGACAUCUACAACUGCUCAGUCAAGCAAUGGAACCACAAAAGGAGCUGGUGCAACAACUUCCAACAAAUCUGAUAGAACAAAGACGACUACAGCCAAAUCAACAAAGGCUUCUAGCUCUUCAGAAAAGUCGAAAGCGACAGAUUCCCAAAAAGUGUCCACCAAGCCAACAACAAAGUCUCCAGUCUCCUCUUCUACCUCGGUUACCACCUCGACUACGACAUCGACCCCACCCCCAACAUCAGCCACCAGUCCGAUGUCCGACAUUGACCGACGCUACCGACCCACUGAUGCCGAGCUGAAGCCGUUCUACGCACCUAGAGAGCGAGUAAUCCAUCUCUGCAUCAAAUAG